AAUGACACCGAGAUACUCAUUUCCUUUUGCAUUUAAUAUUUAAUUGUUAUUCUCUCAGCGGAUGUUUUAUAGAAUUUUGAUGUUCUAAUAUAUAAGAUGCUUUUAUUUUUUUAGGUAACUUUUACUUUAUUAAAAAUUGUUUACCCAAUCAUAUUUUAAUAGUAUAUUUUAUAAUUGGUUGAAUAUCAUUAAUUUAUAUUUUUAAUGAUAUUUUUUAGAAAAAAAAUAGUUUUUUAAUAUGUGUGUUUCUACCUAAACAUUUUAUAUUUAGGAAAAGAGAGAGUAUUAAGUUUAUCUUUAACUGAGAUAGAUCGAAAGAAAAAAACUUACCUACAAAACAAAAUAUUUUUGAAAUUUACUUUAGUUUUCGAAAUAAAAGAAAUUCUUUUGCCUUAAAUGCAUUAACAAUCCCAACGACACUUCUUCUUAGAGCAUCUCCAAUGUAAAACUUCAUUUUUUUUCCUCCAAAAUGGAGUAAAAGUGAAAAUGAAGUAAAAUUACUCUAACCCUACUCCAUUUCCCACUCCAUAAUGGAGUGAUGAACAAACAAAAAAUAGAUUAUUUCAUUUAUGGAGUAAAUUUUAUUAUGGAGUGAGAUAUGAAGUUGAGUUGGAGCAUUACUUACUUUAUAUUCACUUUUACUCUAUUUUAAAGAAAAAAAUAGAGUGGGGAUGAAAAUGCCCUUCCUCGUUAUAUAAGAUCAUGUCAUCCCAUUAGUCCAUACAUUUAUUUUUAAUUAUAAACUGAUAAAUUAUAGUACAGGUAAAAGCCUAAUAUAACUAAAAUUUUAUUUUAGAUAGCACAUGUCAGAAUUUUCUUAUAAACUCAAAAUUUUAACAUAUCUAAAACCUAUAAAAUAUAUAUUUACACAACCAAAAUAUAAAUUACAUAAAUAGUUAAAAUAUAAAUCAUGUAAAGUUUAUAGUUUUCAAUUGGAUAAAAAUUGUCAACUGAAAAAUACUUCCGCGAUUUUACGGCGCGGGUAAAAAUCUAGUUAGAAUUUAUAGCAUGCGAUGUAUUGAAUGUAACCACAUUAAUCACCCACCAUCACUUCCCUUUUUUUACAUUUUAUCUUUGCCAUCGACUAUUAUUAGUUUUACAAGCAUUUCCAAUUGGGCAAACUCAUUGCAUAGUACUAGUGAAGAUUAUAUUUACUGAUUUGUUUCUAUCAACAUGACAUGUACUACUCAAUUAUCUACUAAAUUCCAUAGUUUACACAAAUUAAGGAUAACUCAUACUAUACCCUUGCUUUUACUUAAAUCAAAUUUGCUAAGCUGUAUAAUAGUCAGGCUCAUAUUACUCCAUAUAGCUGGUGCUUAUCUUAUUUUUUUCUUUUUUUCCCUAUCAGUGUAACACGUCAAUAAUAUAACGAUAAUUGAACGUCUAUAGUUAUUGCUUACUAUUUCACACGUACAAUUAUACACAUCUAUAGAGAUAUAUGUGUGUAAAAAGCAUCUCUGCAUCUGCAUGUGCAUGAGUUUCUACAGAGAGAAAAUUUGAAGUGCAGAAAACUCAGAAAGAAAAACAUCCAUAUAAAGUUAUUAUUUUCUCUUUUAACUCUUUUAGCUCUACGAUAUUAUUAUCUUAUGGUCUUUUAACUGUUUUAACUGUUUACGUAAAAAAUUAUCUUGCUGUAAGAUUUCCACAAAAUUUCACCUAUAAAGUCCUAACGUGAGAUGGGAAGAACACUUCACAGAAACUUUUUAUUCAGACGCUUGUUUUUACUUUGUCUCGAAAGAGAAUGAAUCAGAUCAUUUCCUGCGUUGAAAACGCUUGUACGAUGCGUCAAGCACCUAGGGAUCUCAAAAAGAGGCUUGAGACAAUGUCCGUGUACUUAUGUGAAACUACUUCACACUCAGCCUACGCAAAGGCCAUAAUUACUGGAUUUUUCCAGUCGGUGGGGAGCAAUGUAACUGCGGAAACAAGCUUGCUCGCCGUCAAAAAUGAGAUCCAUGGAGUUUUCAAUGCUUACGGUCCGGUUCUAUUACCAUAUGCAAAUACCCUAAAUUUACAAAUCCAAGUGAUCGAUACUGUGGAGAGAAUCUGCCUUGAAGCGGACUCAUCGUUUUUUCCAGCUUUCGGUUACAUAAUUGAGGUUCUGUCGAACCACGGUGUGGACUUCGAAGCAAUUCAGGUUUGGAAAACCCGUAAGAACAAGGAACGGGAUGAAGGAACGUUGUCACCACGAGAGGUAGCGCUGCUGACAAACUUGCUGGGUACGCCGAUAGGACCUGCCGGUGCGAUCCUUCAGGGGUACGAUCUUGGCCAGGCUAGCCAAGACGCCAGAAACAUGGGAUUCUAAUUUCUAAAGACGGUUGAUCUGGCCGUAGUAGCUAAAAGUCGGAUGUUUGAACAAUAAUCGUUUAGUUAUAUCUCUUCUAUCUUAUUAGUAAGGCUUGGCCCGCUUAUGAUGCGGGAUUAUUAAACUUGGAUAUUUUUACUUAUGUCUUUAAUAUAUAAGGGAUGAUUGCAUGCU